AUGGCGACCGACGCCGUCCUUAAGGACCAAGAAUUCAUCGACCCAGAAAGGCAGCGGAUAUUAGAAGGAGAUGCUCGAUUCAAUCGGCUCGGAUGGAAACGCCUAACGGUGCUUUCUAUCGUAGAGGCUAUAGCUCUUGGAAGCUUAGGCCUCCCCUCUGCUUUUGCGUCUCUUGGGAUGGUCGCAGGCUUAAUCUUGACUGUGGCGCUCGGUUUCAUCGCAAUUUAUGCGGGAUACAACAUUGGACAAACUAAGUUGAAAUAUCCACAAGUUGGUCACUAUGCCGACGUCGGGCAGUUGUUGUUUGGCAAAUGGGGGUCCAAGAUAUUCAUUGGAUGCUUCGUAACAUUACUCAUCUUCGUCAUUGGGUCCCACUGUUUGACCGGUGCCAUUGCAUUCCAAACUAUCACUGAGAGCAAUGUCUGCGCCUUAGUGUUCAGUAUCUCAUCGGCAGCUAUUUUGUUGUUUCUCGCGGUUCCCCCCUUCUUUGCUGAGAUUGCAAUACUGGGAUAUAUCGAUUUUGCCUCGAUCAUUAUAGCCAUCGGGGCUACUAUGAUAGCGACUGGGAUUCGAUACUCAAGUGGCUCCACUAUCCCUGACCCAGACAUUAUUCCGUGGUCAGCAUGGCCUAAGGCCGGUCUCACGUUUUCAGGGGCCAUCGUUGCGACAAACAAUAUUGUGUUCGCGUAUUCCUUCGCUGGUUGUCUACCCUCGUUUAUGGAUGAGAUGCACACACCAGAAGACUAUAUAAAGACUCUGUGGUGGAUGGGAGGCAUUCAGAUCGUCGUCUAUAGUCUCACUGGAUCCAUCAUUUAUGCCUUUGUGGGCCAGGGAGUACAAUCACCAGCUCUGCUAUCGGCGGGACCACUUAUGUCAAGAGUAGUCUUUGGGAUUGCACUACCCGUCAUUUUCAUCUCUGGGUCUAUUAACACCACGGUGGUCUGCCGGUACAUCCAUGGGAAAUUCUACAGGGACUCGAUGAUUCGGUAUAUCAACUCGAAGAAAGGUUGGGCAUCAUGGCUGGGCCUGGUGUUUAUCGUCACUCUUCUUGCUUGGGUUAUUGCUGAGGCCAUUCCAAUCUUCUCGGAGCUUCUUUCCAUCAUAUCGGCACUUUUUGUUUCUGGAUUAUCUUUCUACCUUCCACCCGUCAUGUGGUAUUUGCUCUUGAGAGAGGGCGCAUGGUACGAAAAGAAGAAUCUCAAACCUGCGAUAUUCAAUGCUGUUGUCUUUAUUGUGGGGAUGAUUAUUUUUGGGUGUGGCACGUAUGCCAGCAUCGCUGAACUUAUCACCAAGUUCCAGUAUGGCUCCGUUGGAAAGCCCUUUACGUGUUCUUGA